CCCUUCCAGAUCCCCACCCCUCCCCCUCCCCUCCCCACCCCCUUCCCUUAUCUGUACACACUCCCUGCCAUAUCAGAUUAGACGGUUUCAGGGGGAACAUCACUGCCGAUAUGAGAUGGGCUGUGGGGGACCCAUCUCCGUAGCGGCAUGUGCAAAUGCCUCUAGUUAUCUACACACUACUUUCUGGUCAGGGGAUAGUGACGACAUGCACUACUUUUGUUGGCCAGUGUGGCGUUGUGGUGGCGCUGUGAGAGAAAAUAUGCUUUUAUUUCAAUGGCAUGUCUGCUACUCUGGUCCUCGAAGGCCAGGCAGAGAAGCACGGCGCGCACAUCUUCCCUGACACUCGCUGCUCUUUACCUCCUCGUCCGUGUCUGUAAUUCUCUAGCCUGGUGCUUGCACUUGCGUAGCAGGCAGCUCACGUUGGCGGUGCUUGCGCUGACCCUCCCCCCUCCAUCCUCACCUGCAUUCCGUCGUUCCCAUCGACUACGCAGUGCGCAUCUUGCGCACUGGUGUUGGUACUGCUCAUUCACCCACCCAAGUUGACCACGUCACCGUCUCCCCGCACUUAUUGCCGCGCCAUCGGCCUCGUCCUUCCCAACGGCGCCUUCGAAGUCGCACCACUCAAUUCCGACAACUUCCUUUGCAUUGGCACUUCCCUUCACUGCUCGAAUAACGCCCACCGCCGCCGCCUCUGCCGCCGUCUGUGCAUCUGUAGCGUCCACCGCCCUAAAGCCCGCCCCGCACACCCAGAGAGCUUCAGCCCGACAAUUGCGGCUCUCCCCUACGCGGCAUCUACUGGACAGUGACAGCGUAGGUAGUACUCGUGCUCACCACGAGCGUCGUAAGCCUACGUGACUGUCCGCGGGCGCUGCUGCAUUACACAUUCCACGCCACAGCGCCACGACAGGCUCACGCCCGCGCCGCACCGUCAACCACAGACUCCGCCGCCGCCGCCGCCGCCGCCGCUCGCGCUGGCGCGGAUUCCGCGACACAUCGCAAGGGACCGUGUCGUGUCGCAACCAUCUUCGUCCUCGUCAUCGCUCCACAGCUCCGACCCCCGGCGAGUCGCCGACGGCGCGUGCGCUCACGGCUUUUGAGCCGACUCAAGAGCGUGCCAGCGGCGAGCAUGGCGCACCACCACCUGCACCAUCCGUCAGGGUCAGCUCGGUCGCUGUCGCCGUCAGCUCUCGCGCUCGCAACAGUCUUCUGCCUUCUCGCCACCCACCUCUGCACCGCUGCUGCAGCCACGCACGUGCGCUCUCUUACCGUGUCAGCGCCACCGCCAGUGUCAGCACCUGCUAGUGCCGCCAGCAGCGCCGGUGCUGCCGCUGCCAGCACUGCGAUUUUCGGUGACGGCCGCAAGCACAUCACUGGCCGCCACGUGCAAAAGGUGCAGGCCAACGGCAGCAGCGCUGCCAUCGUGCGGCCCAUGGGCGUGGUGGAGUCGGGAUGCGGCAGCGACACGUGCAACGCGGAGCCAUGGCGGUGCAACGUGAUGAGCGACCCCAUCAACGUGUACCUCAUCUGGCACGGCGCCUUCUCCAAGGCCCAGAAGAACGUCGUGCGCACCUUCGUGCGCUCGCUCAGCAGCUCCGAGGGCACUGUGUCCGGCUGGUGGGGCAUAUCUCAGCUGUACACAGACUGCGACGGCAACGCUGUCUCGGGCGAUGUGGCGCUGGCGGGGGAGAUGCAGGUGCGACCCAACGCGUUCAAGCUGCUGCUGGGGGAGAACUCCUUAGUCAACCUCGUGCGCAUGGGCAUCAACCGCGGCAAGUUCCCUGCGGAUGUCAACGGGGUCUACUUUGUCGUCGGCAGCCGGUGGAGCAAGCAGUGGAGCUCGCUGAACCCGUGGGGCGACAACUUCUGCUCCGGCUACUGCGGGUGGCACAGCUACCGCUCCAUCAAGGGCAAGCAGCUCAAGUACUCGUUCGUUGGCAACCCUGCUGGCCGGUGCAUGUGGGGGUGUGGCGGCAAGACACUGUACAACGCACCGGCGGGCCCGGGUGGGGCGGGCAAGGGCAUGGACUCGGUGGUGUCGACCCUGGCGCAUGAGCUCACAGAGGCGGCCACCGACCCGUACCUCAGCACGUGGAGCGACUCCGAGGGCUAUGAGAACGCUGACGUGUGCGACAUCGACUUCCAGGCGAGUGACCUGUCCACCACAUCAGACGGGGCGCCGUACAACCUAGAGGGCAUAGCGGGGUCCAAGUUCCUAGUGCAGCUCAACUACCACCCCACCCAGCACCAGUGCGUCUCCACUGUGUAGCCGCCGGCAAUCCAACUCAACUCAACCCCACCCAACCUAACCCGACAAAACCGAUCUCACCAGCUGCACAGAGCACAUCUACCCCAUAUCAUAAUGCCAUGGCGCUGGUGCUGCCACAUGUCAGGGUUCACUUCUUCACUCCCUCAUCGUUGGCAUCACUGCCAGCUGUGGGUGGAAAUGACCAUUAUCAUACAUCUGAGAGUCUAAGGUGUGCUGCACCUCGCAGAAGAGGGCGAUUAAGAUUGGCGUGUCAGAUACCAUCGCUGUGCUACCUACACUGGAGGUUUUUCCUGGAUACUUAUCCCUUCUUUUCAUUAUUACUUAUCCCUUCGAUUUAGAGAUGUGUUCCUGACGGUUAGCUUGAUCUGUGCCUGUGCAUGAUGUGACAUGCGGCUAGUACGCUAAAGAAGCACAAGACACCAAUUCUA